CUUCUCAGGAGCCAUACACAUUUUUAUAUAAAAUUUAUACAAAAUUACCUGAACCGGUUAAUAUAAAUAUUAGUAACUUUCCCUUACAGACUAGAAAAUGGCUGAAGAUAGCUUAGCUGAUCAGCUGAAUGUCCCAGAAUGGUUAAAUGAGCAGUUUGUUACAGAUGUUCUGAGAUCCCACGAAAAGGAACCGGAUCUCAGGGUAACCAAAUUGGACUUUACUCCAGGAAGUGCCAAAGGAGAUAACUAUGCCAGUGUUAUAAUUCGUGCACGGGUGGAAUAUAUAACCCAGAAGGGAUUCUUUUCCAAGUCGCUCAUUAUUAAGACGGUUUUGGAAAUGUUUGCCGGUUCAGCUCUAUUUAAAACUGAAAUAGGCAUGUAUAGGAAGGUCCUGCCGGAGUUUGCGAGAAUAUUGCGAGAAAACAAUGAUACUUCCAGGCUUUACGCAGAAUGUAUAUAUUAUAGCCUGGAACCGAGUCAAGUUAUGAUCUUUGAGGAUCUUGGCGAGAUGGAUUAUGCUAUGGUGCGAGAUCGUGUGCUCACACAUGGAGAGAUAUGUGGUGCCUAUUCUAAAUUGGCCAAAUUUCACGCACUUAGCAUGAAGAUCAUUAACGAGCGACCAGAAUUCGUUAAGGAAUUCAAAGAUGGCAUUUGUCUAGUUGAUAUUCCCUAUAUGAGCUCAGGCAUGGGCCCGUUUAAGGAUUUUUUGGGCCGCAUUCCUGAGUUGGACAGAUACAAGACGCACUUUGAGAAGAUAGAAGUCCAUUUUAUAGACCGACUGCGUGAUAUUAUGAAAGAGUACCAAACCAAUCCUCAGCCUGGCUACUACGUUCUCUGCCAUGGUGACUACCACACACGUAACAUAAUGGUUAAACAUAAUAAGGAAUCCGGAGGCUUCGAGGAUUGCAUGCUGCUUGAUUACCAAGGAUGCUAUGUUGCUCCUCUUGCCUUCGACCUUAUGUAUUCCAUUUAUAUGCUAAUGAACCGAGAACAGCGCAUUGGGGAACUAGAGACCUUACUGAACUACUACUUCUCAGUUCUAAGGGAAACACUAAGAAAGAUUGGCUACCAGGGCAAACUGCCCGAUCCUCCUGCGUUCUGGAAGGAAAUGUAUCGCCUUAAAGAUUAUGAGUUCCUAUUUCUCAGCACCUACUUGCCAAUGUCGGUAGGUCUUAGCCUUGAAACCGCGACUAACGAAGAAACUGAUGAUAAAUUACAGGAUUUUAUUGAAGAGUGUAAAUCAAUACUGGCAAGAUUUGAAAGGUCUGGAUAUUUUGAGAACUUAUAAAACGAAUAAGUGGAAAAAGAGUUUUUAAGAACAGUUUUUAUAGAUAGACCAACAAAUAAAUGAGCGUUCCAUUAUAUGUACUUAAUAAAGUGUAUAAGGCUAUUGUUUUGAUAUCGCUCG